CAGGCAUCUCCGCACUCUCCCGCAAUCAGGCCGAACAGUGCCCUCAUACGGAGGGCAGCUUCUGGAAUCUUGUUAAUGUGAUGGCAUCGCGUAGGCGCGGCGGCAGACGGGCUAGAUGCCCUCCCAAUCCGCCAGCCGCACCUGCACCGGCUGCUCCGGCGUUUACCUUUGGUGCGCUUCCGCCGGCGGCGGUGGUCCCCAUGCCUAUGUUCGUUGUCGCUCCGCCGGCCGCACCUGCGCCGGCUGCUCCGGCGUUUAAUGCGGCAUUAUUUGCUGCGGCACCAACUGUGUUUGGCGCCACAUCGGCCGUCUCGUCUGGAUCUGUGCGCGCACCGUCCACAGCGGCACCGGCACCGGCUGCUCCGUUACGCGGCCGCGCCCAGCUGUAUCAUGAAUUCACAAGUGGUGCGCUUUGCCGGCGUUACGACAAGGAGAUCCACGCGUUACGACGGUUGGUCUGCGGCGGCUGGAUGGCCCAGUGGCGAUUGCUCUGCGAAUUGGGCGAGGACCCGGUGCCGCCUCGCGAGGGGGGCGAGCGUGGACCCGGCAGGGCGCGUGUGGACCCGGCGACGCUGGCGGACCGCUUCGCCGAGGACAUCUUGGCGUUGGACGCGGCGACUGCGCAGCUCGCGGGCGGCGCGGCGCCGGACGCCGAGGCGGCGCCUUACGCUUCGGGGCUGGCCGAGACCUUGCUCCAGAUGGAGCACGCCUCGGGGUGUGUCCGCGCAUUAGCGGCCAUCGAGGUGGCGCCCCGGACGCCGGCGCAGCUCCGGGAACAGCUCGACGCGGCCUCGGAACCCCCGGAACCGCUCGAGCAAGCGCGAGUGAGGCUGGCGAAUCUCGAUCCCUCGGCGCUCGCCCAGUCCGACCUCGACACCAUGCAGCGCGACCUCGCCACGAUGAAACAGACGCUCGAAGCGGCGUCAGAGCGCGUGCAGCGCGAGGUCGUGCGCCGCGAGCUUGCCGCCCUUAGCGGCUUCCGCAGCGCGGAAGAGGAGACGUGCGUGAUAUGCAUGGACCGAUCCCCGAACGUGACCCUCGUCCCGUGUGGCCACAGGAUCACGUGCCAGCAAUGUGCGGAGCGCUUGGGGGAGUGCCCGACCUGUCGCUCGCCAAUCACGUUGCGACAACGAACGUUCGGGUAAUAUGUGAUAGCUAU